CUAACCCAUCCGGGCAAAACAUGUAAAAACAAGGUGUAGAAUAGCUAGCUGGGUCCCAAAUAAAAAAUUUACAGAGGUUUCACCCAACAUAAAGAAUAAUCGCUGUUCUGCGUAAAAUCCGGUGAGCAUUAUCUUUCGGAGGCGACGUUGUGAAGUGCAUUCACGGCUGUCGGGUAGGCGAAUUGCAGCACAGUUGUGUAUGACUGUGUGCGUUUUCUACAGUAGCGUCGCGUCGUUCGUUUUUUUGGUACACGCACUUCCGGAAGUACGUGUUGACGGUCGAGGGCGACCACGUUAUUACUGGGCUGAAACUACGUGCAUAUCCCGAGUUCCUGCCCCCUGGUGGAAUUUAAGCGGUCUUUCUGGCACCCACCGUUGCACCGUACAUGCUCCAGUUCGAAUCUGCGUUCACACGGAAGCAAGCGACUUUCGCGCUCGCUGUCAUUCUGUCAGGGGCCGUAUUUGGGUUGUAUUUAUGGGAAGCGUCGCCCCGCUCUAUAGCUUUCGAACGGACCCAGUGCGCACCUUGGGUUACAAACCGGAUGAUUGUUAUUGCGCACCACCAGUUCAGAGAAGCCACGUGGAAUAACUAUCAGAAUGGGGUCGGGUACAACGGUGGGGAGGCUUAUUGGUGCGCAGCGCUUGACUACACCUUGAAAAGGUUGGGCUUUCAAACGAAAUUCUUCCAAAGCGUAGACACUUGGCUAGAUGACGACAGCAAUAUUCAAGCUCUGCGGGAAGGCCGCGUGCACCGCGUCAUCACGAACUCACUCUUCACAUUUGGCGAAACAGCGAGCAAACUUCAUCCGUCUUUGGAUGAUCCUCUCGUCCGUUGUCGUGUCCGCUCAUAUUGGGCUUUAGGCAGGGAUUGGGAAGGCAACAUCGGUACCUUGAGUUACGCACAGUCCCCCUAUAACAGCUCAACCGUGCACGAGUGGGACUUGCGAUUUGAACUGCAUACAAACUGCCCAAAAAGUACAGCACUCGAAGGAUUGAUCAAUCACGGAAAGAUUUCUCCGAGAGCGUUUGUCAUGUUACUACGGAAGUCAGCGUUUGUAAUUGGUUUAGGCCACCCUGUAGAUAGUCCAACUCCUCUAGAAGCACUAGCAAACGGAGCCGCGUGGUUAAAUCCAGUUUCUUUGGGGGAAACAGAGCGAAGAUACGUAAAGAAAAGCAAUGCACAGCAUCGAGGUCUCAAGUUAUUAGGCAUGCCAUAUGUCUACAACGUCGUUUUGACAAAUAUGAGUAGCGUACUUCACGCAGCUGAGAUGGCAGUGGCGAAUCGUUUCCAUAGUUUCGUUCCUUUCUGGAAUCGUGUGGAAAGCGUAUCUGCUCAAGUCUGCGCGAAUUUACUAGAGUCUGACGCGCUAUGCGACUGUGCGAGAGCGAAGAAGGUGAGAGACGACAGCAUCGAUUGUCGAGGGAGCUUCUAUGCGACAAAUAGCGACUUAUUUGAAACUCACGAUGUACUUUUCGCGCCUGUAUGAAGGUGAGAAAGAGUGCAAGUGAAUACGGAAGGUACGUACUACGACCCUGGUACUCAAGCAAAGAAAUAUUCCUCGAGUUGGCACCGCAGGGGGGGGGGGAUCUAAUAUGCAUGUACGUAGAUAUAUCGGAUAUGUACAAUAAAAAGUCACCACCAGCCAUAUCCUC